UGACAAGAAAACAAAGUUUAUAAAAAAUAAAAUCAAACACAAAACUUGCUUUUGCAUGUAUAUGACUCUGAGUCUGUGAUUUAACCCUCAAGGCCCGGUAACGGCAACAAAUAAUAUAAACAAAUGUGAGAGGUGAAGUCACAAGACGACGACGCCAGCAGCACUCAAGAAUUUGCCGUCGUCGACCAGGCAAUUAUGGGUACAAAAGAAUCCAAACACGCUUGCAUCAGUUAUGAGGAGGCAGUCAAACGUGUUAGCGACGCCGAGCUGCGGCGCCUGAAAGAUGCCUUCAAGAAGUCAGCUGGCGUGGGUCGAAUCAAUCUCAGUCGCAAUGCAUUCCAGCAGGAUGUGCUGUGCGAGGGUGUGCCGCCGAAGAUCACGGACAUGUUGUAUGUCGCCUGUGGUGGCACACAGCGCGGCAUAUCCUUCAAGGACCUGCUAUGCGGCCUGGUGCUGAUUACACGCGGCACCCAGGAGGAGAAAACCAAAUUUCUGUGGAACUUGUACAGCACUGAUACUGGCUACAUCAUUAAAUCGGACUAUGUGCGGAAUGUGAGCUUGGCGCCGUUCGAAAGCGUCUCUCUGUUUGCUCAGGGCGAUCGGGUGAACUUUGAGCAGUUCCAAGACUGGAUAGUCCAGCAUCGCAAUGCAACAGUGCUGUCCAGGUGGCUACUGGCUGAUAAUUGUGUCAGCCUCACCUCCGAACUGGAGACGCCCACCUUCUAUCAGAGCUUGGCCGGUGUUACGCAUCUUGAGGAGAAGGAUAUUGGCGACUUGGAGAAGGAGUUCUGGCGCUUGAAGAACACCUCACAGAACGGCCAAAUCGACUUACAAUUUCUGGGGCCGCUCAUUAGUCCACCCAUACCAAAGAAUGCGCUGGCCGGUCUCUUCAAUGCCUUCGACGAGAACCGUGACGGUCACAUCGACUUCAAGGAGCUUUGCUGUGGCGUCAGCGCCGCCUGUCGCGGACCCGGCGUAGAACGGACGCGCUUCUGCUUUAAGAUCUUUGACGUGGAUCGAGACGGGGUGCUGAGUCACGAGGAGACGCUACAGAUGAUCAAUGUGCUGCUCUUUGUUGCCAAAGAGAAUCGCGAUGCGCAACAGUAUAAGGAUCUGACGAAGCAGCAUGUAAUCAGCGAUCUGCUGGAGUUCGCACAGCGUAAGAGUCCCGACGGUGUGCCGAGCACCCUGACCCGGGACAAUGUCUCACUGACGGCAGAGGAUUUCAUGCUGUGGAAUGUGCAGUGUGGCCUGAGACUGAUGCAGCCACUGUUGGACCUCAUUUUCGAGCUGUGUCACAUUGUGUUCGGACUGUGGCCGCAAUGCAAGCACAUGGAGUUUGACAUUGUGCGCGGCUGGUUGCAGCGCGAGGAACGACGUCCGCAUCGUGUUGGGCAGUUCUGGUAUCUAAUCUCGCGCGACUGGUGGCUGAACUGGAUGCAGUAUACCCAGCACACGGCACAUACUUGCGACUACUGCAAGCGCACCGCCAGUCAGCGCAGCGCCGUCGACGAGGCGCUCGUUUGUGAUGAGAGCUUCAACACGCACAGCCUGGAGCAACACGACAGCUAUUCGCUGGGCUCGGUGUCCGGCAGCAGCGGCAUCUCUGCCGGCCGGCAUUGCGGCCAACAGCGUCCGAGCCCCAUCGACAAUAGCAAUCUGAUAACCCCAAAUCCCUAUCGCAAUGUACGCACUCUCACCGGCGAGGGCGGUCAUCUGAAGCGCGACACGCCCCUCGUCCAGAAUCACGACUUUGAGCUGGUGCCCAAGUCGCUGUGGAAGGCGCUUAAUCGUUGGUAUGGCGACAAUCUGCCGCUGCCACGUCAGGUUAUCCAGCCACCCAACUCGGAGGUGGAACUGGAGCUGUAUCCGCUAAAUCUGCGCAUACUGCUGCAUCAGCUGCAGACUGCCUCGACUGGCAGUGGCGCCGCCAGCACCCAAAUCACCAGCUGGGGCUCAACGGUCAGCGCCGGCUACGGCGUUCUGGCAUCGGGCGGUGGCUAUGCGGCCAUUGCGGCGAGCAGUGUUCUACAGGCGCCCAAGCGUUAUCUGGCCUACACGGCUGCGUUCAGUCGGCUGGCCACGGUGCGUCAGGUGGGAGAGUUUCUGUGCGACCAGUUGCGCCUGAAACCCGAGGAUAUACGACUGUGGCAUGUGCCGCCGUCGAGCGCAACGCUAGAUAAUAGUGCCAUACUGUUGGAGGAGGACACCAUGUGCCUUAAGGAGCUGUUGAUACGCGACAACGAUCAGCUGCUGCUCGAGAUACGCAACAAGGAUCUGACGUGGCCAGAGGAGCUCAGCUCGCUUGCCAGCACGCAAAGUGGCCAAGCGGGUGUCGCUUGUCCUGGCGAUCGGCGUCGCAUGACGCGCACCUCCAUCAUGUCGGUGCAUGCGCCAGGAGCCACUGGUCUGCAUAAUUUGGGCAAUACUUGUUUCAUGAAUGCGGCACUACAAGUGCUGUUCAACACACAGCCGCUGGCGCAAUACUUUCACCGUCAGAUGCAUCGCUUCGAGUUGAAUGCGGCUAAUAAGCUGGGAACGCGUGGCCAGCUGGCCAUGCGCUAUUCGGAGCUACUCAAGGAGGUGUGGACGGCCACGACACGUUCUGUGGCGCCGCUAAAACUGCGCUUCUGCGUCAAUAAACAUGCCCCACAGUUUUCUGGCGGUGGCCAGCACGACUCGCAGGAGCUGCUCGAGUGGCUGCUCGACGCGCUGCACGAGGACCUCAAUCGGGUAAUGGAGAAGCCGUACAGCGAACUCAAGGACUCCAAUGGACGGCCCGACAAGAUUGUUGCCGCCGAGGCCUGGUCACAGCAUCAUGCACGCAAUCAAUCGAUUAUCAUAGAUCUGUUCUAUGGCCAGCUUAAGUCAAAGGUCAGCUGCCUCUCCUGUGGACACGAAUCGGUGCGUUUCGAUCCAUUCAGUUUGCUCAGCUUACCACUACCUGUGGAGAACUAUGUGUAUCUGGAGGUGCUGGUAAUUCUACUGGACGGCAGUGUGCCAAUCAAGUACGGCCUGCGUUUGAACUCUGAAUGCAAGUACGCGGAUCUGAAGCAUAAGCUGGCCACGCUGUGUCCGCUGCAGCCGAGUCUGAUGCUCGUCUGUGAGCUGUGGAAUUCACAGAUACGACAGGUGCUCGCCGACGAGGAUAAGCUGCGAACGCAGAGCGCCAAGGAGCUGUAUGUGUAUCAGCUGCCUGAACAAACCAGUGCCAGGACGCGCUCAAAUUCAGCGCUCAGCAUGCACAUCGAGCAGGGACUCAAGGACAUACAGCGCAGCUCUGCGCUGAUCACCACACAGGAUUCGCUGUCAUCGCUUAGCACGCUGCCGACCUCAAAUCAAACUACUGCGUCGCGCGUCAUCUGCAAUGGCCAUGUCGUCACUGAUGGCCAGGAGUUGGCAAUCGAUGCUGACCAUGAGAUAUCCAAAUACAGCAGCAACAACAAUAGCAACAGCAACCGGAACAAUAACAGCUCCAGUCAAGUGCACGAGCUGCAGCCAGAUGAUGCCGGAAAGGUAAGCCGGUGCUUUGGAAAGAGAGAGUGCAUGCCCCACAGUCUUUUUUGCUUCAAGGAGUCGCUGAUCCUAAGCUGCAGUCCGGAAAAUAGCUUUAUGCACGAUCCGGUUACCCAACAGAAGCGCGUCUCAUCGACCAAGCUACUCCACACGGAGAGCAACACCAGCUCGUAUACGAAUCACUCCGGUGAGAAUUCCAUGGAGAGCUCGCUGACGGAACCAAUGCCGGUGGCCGAAUUGGCUGCCAGUCGACAUGGUAGCAACAGUGAUGAUGGUGCCUCCAACGAACACUCCAGUGGCAUGAGCACAGCUCACACACUGGGCAUCAAUAGCUUUGAUCGUGACGUAGAUGAUGAUGAUGACGAUGCCGAUGCUGAUGCGGAUGGCGAUGAGCAGGGCGAUGGCGAAGAGGAGCCGGAUCAGCAAAUAACCACCUCGCAGCCGGAAAGCUCGAGUGGCAAUCAAACUAGCAGUGGCGUCUACUCGCGCCGCUCCUCGCAGCCCUACAAAGUGGGCAAAUACCUAGUUGCAGUGCAUCGCAAGAUCACGCGCCACGACAGCUACUUCCUUUCGUAUCACAAAACACGGCCCAGCCUGUUUGGUGUGCCCCUGCUGAUACCCAACUGCGAUGGCGGCACACACAAGGAUUUGUACUGUGCCGUCUGGCUGCAAGUCAGCCGAGUGCUGAGUCCCCUGCCAGCCACCACCGAACAGGCAAAUCAUGCUGCCGACUGUGAUGACAGUCUGGGCUAUGAUUUUCCCUUCACGCUGCGCGCCGUCAAAGCGGACGGACUCACCUGCGCCAUUUGUCCGUGGUCGAGUUUCUGUCGCGGCUGUGAAAUACGCUGCAAUAAUGACUAUGUGCUUCAGGGCGCCCUGCCGCCCAUCAACUCAGUGGCUGGCAGUAACACAACCACGCCCUUUACGAAUGUGAAAUGCCCAUCGCUACCAAAUCUGGAGGCCAAACGAUCACCAGAGUAUACCACAUCGCUAUCCUAUACCCCGACAACAAAAUAUUUUGAAGACUUUACCAUUGCCAUCGAUUGGGACCCAACCGCAUUACAUUUGCGUUAUCAAAGCACUUUGGAGCGACUCUGGGUUGAUCACGAGACGAUUGCCAUAUGUCGGCGGGAGCAGGUGGAGCCCGUUGAUCUGAAUCAUUGCCUGCGCGCCUUUACCUCCGAGGAGAAGUUGGAGCAGUGGUAUCACUGCAGCCACUGCAAGGGCAAGAAGCCAGCUACGAAAAAGCUUCAAAUAUGGAAAUUGCCACCGAUUUUGAUUGUCCAUUUGAAGCGUUUCAAUUGCGUCAACGGUAAAUGGGUGAAAUCACAGAAAGUGGUGCACUUCCCCUUCGACGACUUUGAUCCCACACCCUAUUUGGCCUCAGUGCCACAAGAGACGAUACUGCGGCACAAGGAGCUGCUAGAGAUGAAGAGGGAUUUCAUCAGCGCCAGCAACGAAGUUGUCAGCGAAUUAGAUGAGGUCGAUGCCAGCGACAAAACAACAGCAGAAGCGGCACCACCGCCAAAAGCCGUGGAUAGCGAAAAGGUACCCCCAGCAAAGGAGUCACCGCUGGUCGCUAGCAGCAUGCUGCGUCAAACUAAAUCGAGCAAUGCAGCCAGACGACAGCGCCUCAUCUCCACAAGCCUCACAAAAACACCCAUUGUGGAUGGGGAGUUCGAAGACUAUCAUCAGCAUAAGCUCAAAGCGGGUGUUGACGAGUUUGAUCCCAGAUACAAGCUAUAUGCCGUGGUGUCCCACUCCGGCAUGUUGAAUGGCGGUCAUUACAUUUCCUAUGCAGCAAACACAACUGGUUCCUGGUAUUGUUACAACGAUAGCUCCUGUCGCGAGAUAUCACAAAAGCCAAACAUUGAUCCGAGCGCUGCCUAUUUGCUAUUCUACGAGCGUCAGGGUCUCGACUAUGAGCCCUACUUGCCCAACAUCGAGGGACGUGCGCUGCCAAAUGCCACCCAACAGCUGGAUGUGGACGAAACGGAGGGGGAGCUAAAGAAAUUGUGCACCAUAUCGUAAUAUUGUACUUGGGUUGUUGCAUACUGCAGCAGCUAUGCGUGCUAAAAGCUAUGAUGGCUUCUUGAAUCGCUUGAGCGUGUUUAUUUAUAUAUAUUUAAAUAUAUAUAAAUAUAUAUUUAUAAGU